GGAAACGGAAGUGUAUAGGAAAUCAAAUGGCGUUUGUGUUGGUAUUGACUGGUGUUUGCAUUCGUCUGUAAAAAUUGUAGGCUUUAUUGUGGUCAUUAAUACUUUUUAAGCAUUGGCACCCAGUCGUCAGUAGUGCAAUGAUGAUUCCGACCGAGGAUGCGUCUGCUAGGAAGCGGGUGAUAGAGGAGAAACUUAAGCAGGAGCAAGAAACGCUGGCAUUUAUUCGUGAGAACUUGGAGAAGAGUGACCAGCUAACAAAAGGAAUGGUGUCCAUUCUGUCAUCGUUUGAGAGCCGACUGAUGCAGCUGGAGAACUCCAUUAUCCCGGUGCACAAGCAGACAGAGAACCUUCAGCGACUGCAGGAGAAUGUGGACAAGACCCUCUCCUGCAUGGAUCACGUAAUCAGCUACUACCAUGUUGCCAAGGAUACCGACAAGAUCAUCAGAGAGGGACCCACAGGGCGACUGGAUGAGUACCUGGCCUGUAUCGCAAAGAUCCAGAAAGCUGUGGAGUAUUUCCAGGACAACAAUCCUGACAGCCCAGAACUCAACUUAGUGAAAGCCAGAUUUGAAAAGGGAAAGGAGAGUCUGGAGACUGAGUUCCGCGGCCUGCUGACCCGCUACAGCAAACCUGUGCCCCCCAUCCUCAUCCUGGAUGCCAUUGGUGUGGACGACGAGCUGGAGGUCCAGGAGGAAGUGACCCUGGAGCACCUGCCUGAGGCCGUGUUGCAGGACAUCAUCAUCAUCUCCGGAUGGCUGGUAGAGUACGGACGCAACCAGGACUUCAUGAACGUGUACUUCCAGAUCCGCUCAAGCCAGCUGGACCGCUCCAUUAAGGGGCUGAAGGAGCAUUUCCGCAAGAGCAGUGCCUCCUCCGGCAUCCUCUACUCACCGGCAGUUCAGACCAAACGCAAAGACACCCCCACCAAGAAGGCCCCCAAAAGACCAGUCUACAUCCCAGGGACCAUUCGCAAGGCUCAGAACCUUCUGAAACAGUAUUCUCAGCAUGGGCUGGAUGGCAAAAAAGGGGGCGCUAACCUCACCCCUCUGGAAGGGAAGGACGACGUGCUGGACAUCGAGAUCGACUCCUACAUCCACUGCAUCAGUGCCUUCGUCAAGCUGGCCCAGAGCGAGUACGUUCUGCUCGCGGAGAUCAUCCCAGAACACCACCAGAAGAAGACCUUCGACUCACUCAUUCAGGAGGCCCUGGAUAACCUGAUGUUGGAGGGGGAUAACAUUGUGUCGGCCGCACGCCGGGCCAUCUUGCGUCAUGACUACUCUGCCGUCCUCACCAUCUUCCCCAUACUGAGGCACCUUAAGCAGACCAAGCCUGACUUUGACACUACCCUACAGGGCACAGCUGCCAGCACUAAGAACAAGCUCCCUACCCUCAUCACCUCCAUGGAGACCAUCGGAGCCAAAGCCCUGGAGGAGUUUGCAGACAGCAUCAAGAAUGACCCUGAUAAGGAGUACAACAUGCCGAAGGAUGGAACAGUCCAUGAGUUGACCAGUAAUGCCAUCUUGUUCUUGCAGCAGCUGCUGGACUUCCAGGAAACCGCUGGAGCCAUGCUGGCCUCUCAAGUACUCGGGGACACUUACAAUAUACCUUUAGACCCCCGAGAGACCAGCUCAUCUGCCAGCAGCUACAGCUCUGAGUUCAGCAGACGACUCCUCAGCACAUACAUAUGUAAAGUUCUGGGCAACCUACAGCUGAACCUUCUCAGUAAAUCCAAAGUUUAUGAGGACCAAGCCCUCAGUGCCAUAUUCCUCCACAACAACUACAACUACAUCCUCAAGUCCCUGGAGAAGUCAGAAUUAAUCCAGUUGGUGGCCGUCACUAAUAAGAAGGUGGAGAGUUCUUACAGAGAGCUGAUACAGCAACAAAUCCAGGUGUACCAACACAGCUGGUACAAAGUCACAGAGCACAUAACUGAUCGGAAUAUGCCUACUUUCCAACCUGGUACAAAGUUGAAAGAUAAAGAACGCCAGGUGAUCAAAGACAAAUUCAAGGGUUUCAAUGAUGGCCUGGAGGAGCUGUGUAAGAUCCAGAAGGGCUGGGCCAUCCCCGACAAAGAGCAGCGGGACUUCAUUCGCCAGGCUCAGAAGAGGGUGGUGUCCGAGGCCUACAGGGCCUUCCUGCAUAGAUAUGCAAACAUCUCCUUCACAAAAAAUCCAGAGAAGUAUCACAAGUACAGGGCAGAGAAUGUGGAGGAUAUGAUCGAGAGGCUUUUCGACACCUCAGCUUGAGUUGCUGUCGGUCACCAUUGGCAAACACCCUUCGCUCCUUGCACAUUGCUAUGCUCAUGUCAACCUACUGCUUUUAUUGUAUCCUCUGGGAAUCUUUUUUUUUUUUUUUUGUAUAAAGACACUAUUUAUGUAAAUUCCACAUCUGUCCUUGGGAUUAAUACACUAUAAAUGAAAUAAAAUAAAUCAUGUUA